CACAAAUGACGCAAAAAGAAGUCAAUUAUUAGUUUUAAUUAAAUAUUUUAUUAUUAAUUCAUUCAUUAAUUGUUUGCUUUGAUUACAAGAAGCCAUCGAUUGAUGAAUUAGUGGACAAAUGUGUGAUUAAAUUGUCUGAUUGUGUGGUUGUGUUGAACUGAUCCCAAGAUGUUGUCCAUAAGGAAGUGGUUUGUGUCGCGAAUGUUGAGCCAAUCGACAGGUGUUUCGCGGAUGUGUUUCGCAAACAAUACUCUUCUGGACUUGUAUUACGCGGACGAAGAGCUGAACGGAAUCGCUCACCAAUUGGACUCAUUUGAUGGCCGAAAGGAUCCGAUCCGUUGCACUCAUCUCGUCAACCAAUUGAGGUCAGCUCAAGACAAAGUGAUCACUUAUAUCUUCAAAUUGAUGGACGAAUGGCAUUGCGUUCGCACCUCAAGAGACUAUCGGAUCAAAUUUCCAGAUGACUUACUGACGGGCGAAGGCGCCGAAUCGCUCAACGGACAGAUAUGGUUCGGUGCCGAAUGUCUGGCCGCCGGCUCUAACAUUAUGAACCACGAGAGCGAAUCCGCUCUAUUGAGGCCAAUGGCUAAAUCAUUGACAACCACUUUGGAUCAGUUAAGGCUUGACUUAAGGAACUGUUGUAAUGAUUUGGACGAGAGAGGGAAUCUAUCGUUUGAAAUGGUCGUAAAACUGGAACAUUUCGACCAAUUGUUCUCAUCGUUUGAAUACGAAUACGUGAAGUCAAUGCUUCCCAUUAAGAGCGCCGAUGAGAUCGAGAAACAACAGGAAGUGAUUGUUUUGUUUAGCGAAACACUUCGCGAAGCGCUUAAAAGAGGUCUCAUAUCGCAGGACGACAUCGACGACUGUCAGCCCAAGACUAUGAUCGCAAUACCGAGACUGGCGAUCGUCACCGGACUCCUACUCGGAAAUGGAUCCGCUAUUUGCAAGAAGUCAAGGGAUCAGCUCUCAAAUCUGUUUAAGCCUUUCCACAAUUUACUUCUGAAAAUUCGAGAUCUUUUACUUGUGUUGCGACGAAUAGAAGUGGAAGUGUUAGAGAAACUGCUAACCAAUGAAGAGAGUAUUGCAUCCAAUUCUUACGAUAAGGUUUCGCUUCACAACGUUUCCAAUCAACGGAAACGAAGUAAUUCUGUUCCCGAGAAUAGAAUCCAACAAAUGUCAGCCAAUUCUGACAAAACCAAAUCAGUGUCUACUCUAUCACUGAUGACUCCUUCACACAGUGUUCCCAAACAAACCCAUGACUUUGAAGACAAUCUGAGUGUCACUUCAGUUGAUUCGACCACAACUACCACAGCAUCUGUUGACUCGUUUGAGAUCGCAUUAGCAAUCGAUGCGAGGAAUUCACAGUAUAUUCCAUCGCAAACAAGACUAUUACUACACAAACUUUUUGUUACAAUCGCCGGAAUUGCGGAUCAGUUACAGUCUAACUAUGCGAGCGAUUUAAGGAAUAUAUUGAGGAAUGUGUUUGAGUUGAACCGAACUCCAGAUGAAGACGACAUCAGUGUUGAGGAAGCGGUCGAAGCGAAGGAAUAUUUAGAAUUAGCGGACAUUACCAACGAUACGGACACUCCUAUAGUGAACACAACCGAUGACUCGAAUGGUUUGAUUUCGAGAUCGACUACUUUCACAAACGAGAACUCAUUGUUGAGUCAAUUAAGUGAUGAUUAUUCGCCACAAACAGAGAGUAUAGGUUCAGACGAUUUGACACAAAACAUGACAUAUUUGAGAGAAGAGACACAACAACUGCUUUUGCCUCCGAUUUGGGUUCCCGACGAACUCGUGUCCGUUUGUACCCAAUGUUGCUCUCAGUUCACAAUCAUUAGGCGAAGACAUCACUGCAGAAAUUGUGGUCAAAUUUAUUGUAAUAACUGUUCAAACAAUUUCACGCCAUUAGCCCGUUAUGGUUACGUCAAACCCGUUCGGGUAUGCAAUCGAUGUCAUCAACUCUUAGAACAAGUGUCGCCACAAACACAACAAACAUAA